AGCAGCAGAAGCAGCAUCACCCCAUCCAGUCGUAGUCGGAGCCGGAGAACGGGAAAACGAGAAGAGCAGCAGCCGGACAAGAGAGAAUCGAGCUCAAUUACGCCGCCAAACUGUCGUGUCAGCAAGAACGUGAAAUGUGCAAUUCCUGGCUGCUGCUCAUAAUUGCGCUCUCCGUUGUCGUCUGCCUGUGGAACUCGCAAUACACCGAAACAUCCAAAUCAUGCCCAGCCGAGUGCAUCUGCUUGUCCCAGACUCAAGUGCUGUGUAACACGGGCGGCCUCGAACAGAUACCGCUGCGCCAGCUGCCGGCGACAGUGGAGAACCUGGCGCUGACCAAGAACAAUUUUCCAAUCAUUAAGCCAGACUCGUUCGCCGGCCUGCGAGCGCUCAAGAAGCUCUCCCUGGAUGGCAACAAUAUUACGCGAAUCAAGCAGUUCGCUUUCCGCGGACUGCCGCGACUCAAGGAGCUCUCCAUACAGUACACACCGCUGCAGACUGUGGCCCAGUUUGCCUUUGCCGGACUGCAGAAUUUGUCCACGAUUCUGCUCAGCCACAAUCAAAUACAGCGGAUCGAGGGCAAUGCCUUUGCGGGCACAUCGAACAUCAAGCUGAUCCUGCUGACGAACAACCCACUGAUACGCAUCGACAGCUCGGCCUUCUCCAGCCUCACGAAUGUGGGCCACUUGAUACUGCCAUCGGGCAUCAGGAGCAUCGAGCAGGAUGCCUUCUUCGGCAUGGAUGCCGUCGGGCUGCUCAAGCUGGCCUACAUGGACCUCAAGGAGAUUGCUCCGUUCACCUUUCGGGGGCUGUCCAAUGUGCUGCUGCUGACGCUGCAGGAAUCCGACUUGGGGGUCAUCUGUGCGGACGCCUUCACGGGCCUCACCCAGGUGGAGACGCUGCAGAUUCUGAACAAUAAAAUCGACUCCAUUGAGGAGCUCAACUUCACGAGCACGGCGGCCAUUAAGCACUUGAAAUUCUAUGGCAAUCAUGUGCUGGAGACACCCGAUCCCAACGCCAUCAUCGUCGACGGUGUCGAUCACCUGCAGCUGAUGAAUAAUCACUUCCCCUGCGGCUGCCACAUUCACACCCUGCUGGACGGCCCCCUGGCGGAGGGUGCCCACAAUCUGAGCGAUUUCCUGCAGAAGAACUUUUGCAUCUCGCCGCUGGAGGUGAACGGCCGCGUGAUGAGCGAGCUGGACAUCGACUCGAUUGGCCGCUGCUCCGAUCAGCUGACAAAGGGCAACUUGGGCAGCUCCGCUGCCUCGCUGGCGCUCAGCAUUAACUCCAUGUUCCUCAUAGCCGCCGCCAGUUGCGUGGAGUGGCGUCAUGUCCGUCAGCUGGCGACACGACUGCUGCAGCUGCUCGGCCAUGUGGCCUGGCGACGACGCAGGAAACGACGAAAGUGCCAGCAGUAG